AUGUCGCAGCCUAACAAAGAAGUCCUUGAAAAAUACGCCGAGCUCCAAGUCGAAACAAUUAAGUCAGAGCUUCAAAAAAUCAUGCAAAACACUUUCAAUAGCCUUUCUGAAGACUCUUCAAAAUCAGCAAUCCAAGAAUCCCAAGAACUGCAUCGGCAAAUAGAUUCGCUGAAUCGUCAACUCCAAGAGAUUACCCAAACUCUCACAACUCAAACCUCAUGUAACGAAUCUCCAAAACCGCAUAGCAGGUCUUCCCCCUCCAUUCUUAACUCCACAAUCCAAUCCCUCAAAGAGCUUCAAGAAUCUACAAAUCUGCUUAUUCAAAACUGCAAGGGAAUUUUUCCCAAAGUAAUAAUCUCCCAAGACUCCAAAGUGAGUAUACAAAGGUUUUACUGCAAAGAAAGUGAAGAAAAGAUAGAUCAAUACACCUGGGUUCUUAAUGUUGCCAACGAAACCAAAGAUUACUUUAGAAAAGUUGAGUUUUUUAUUCUUGAAGACAACUUAAAGAUAGCUGAAAUCAGACUUAUUGAGUGGUUAUGCUAAAGGGUUUUUUCUGUUGCCUUUUUACCGUCAAAAAUAACGGAGGCUUUUUUUUUUUUUCAGGAAAACCCCAAUGUUUUUCAAAAAAGUAUACAGAAAAAAAAUGCAUGUGAUUUUUUCUUCUUUGAAAAGUAUUUUAUAGGGGUCUUUAUUUUAGCUUUAGAUUGCAACUAGUCUUUAUAUAUUAGAUAAUAAGGCUAAAUUUAAGAGCCUGGUAAAAUAUUUGAAAAAAAAGGGUAUUUCCGUGUUAAUAGUCUUUUUUCUGUAAAUUUUUUUUUGGAAAAACAGAAAAAUCUCUCUGUUAUUUUUGACUCUAAAAAGGCUGCAACCUUUUUUUCCCCGAUAACCCCUUAUUGAGCCAGAUACUGACAUAAAAAAGCACAUAGGCCUUCUUGACGUAAAAGACAUAUAUGGCAAACAUAUAAUCGCCAAAAUCGACGACUUCCCUGUUUCUGAGAUUUUCCCUAUUAUGAGAAUCGAAUUUAAAGGGGCAGAACAAAUUCCAGAAGAAGACGAAAACAACCCAAAAAACCUUCUGAAAUACACCAUUUUGAACUCUUCGCCAGAGACUAUUGAUAAUCUCUAUGUUUUCUGUAAUGAGACCUGUGAAAAGUAUUAUACAGAAAAAGAAUUGGAUUAUGGAGAAAUGGCUGAAAUUGUGGUCCCUUAUGGAAAUUUAGAAUCUGUCAGUUUGAGGGUUAUGAAAGAUGAUGAAGUUAUGAGCAUUGCCUAUGCACUUAAUUUAGGAGGUGAAGAAGGAGAAGAAAGCAGUGAAGAAGAUGUGGAUUCAGAUGGCCCUCAGCCUAAAGAGGGUAAUGGACUAUCCUUUUCAAGCCCUGCACCAGUGAUAAGACCUCCUGUAAUGGAUCCAGCAGCUAAAAAAAUAAAUCAAUUGAUUGAGACACUGGAAAUUGGCAGAAUAUGUCUAGCUGACCAAAUAAAAAGGAAUUACCCUGGAAUUGAUUCAAAAAUGCAGCUGUUUAAAGCGGUCAGCAGAUACACUACUUAUGAGGAUUGCAUUGACUAUUUAGUGGAUGGUGGAGUGAUUGAGCAAUCUUAAUAAGCAUGAAUACCUCAGUAAUAUAUAGCAUAAAAAGGGAAUGGGGCAUUUAUAUUUAUUUGCUAUUCAUAUAAAUAAGCAUUAAUAA